UUAAAAAUAUCGCCACAGGUCUCUGGCGUUUAACAUAAUCACAUAUCAGGUAUUUUCGGACAAAAAUACCCUUCAGCCCUAAAGGGGCAUUAUGGUCAGACCAUAUCUGACCUGCAGUGGCGGCCACCAUACUCUGGCGUGAUUUGAUGUGCGGGUGUCAGCCAUCAAGUCAUGAUGGCGCGUCAGUGGCAGUUGGUAACGUGAUGGACCACACGCACACGCCACGUACUCAGGACUCUGGGUGUGAUUUAUGAAAUAAGUUUCAAAAAUUUCACAAGCCUUAGUUUCGGCCUUCACUCCCACCCCGCCUAAAAUUUUUGCAAAAAAGGAGUUAUCUCUCCCACCCCGCCAAAAAAUUGCAAAACAUUGUGCUCACUCUUCAAUCUAAUCUCUCUCUCUGCCCCAUCUGUGAAAAAACUAUUUUGCAUGAAUGGCGCCUAAACGGAAGUGCGCCGGAUCAUCAGGCGGAUCGUCGUCCCAGAAAUCGUCUUGCCGUAACAGGGAACCCACACGCCCGCCAUCGCCACCACACUGGCGACCAUCACCACCACACUGGCGACCAUCACCGAGACAUGCACCAGUGGUCAUAGAUGUGGAAGAAGAAACCUGGGAUAUCCGCGAUCCUGAUCUUGAUUUUUUCGUCCCAGAAGAUGAAUACAGGGAUGCGCCUGGAAAGUUUUCAGUUGCUUUCCAUUAUGGCGGUUCAUUCUUCAAUACCAACGAUGACAACAAGUAUGUUGGUGAGAAGUUGACAUACUUCGACUUCUGCAAUAUAAACCAUUUCGCGCUCAUAGACCUAUCGAGCAUGGUGUUAAAGUUGAAGUACGAUAGGAAGAUGAUAUGUGAGUUCUAUUAUUGCAAUCCAAAGUACAGUAAUGCGUGCGCGGGGGUUUCAAUCGGCGGCUCGUUGUUGCCCAUCGUUGAGGAUACACAUCUGACGGAUUUCCUCAAGGUGGCGUCUAUGACAACAAAGUUAGUUCACAUCUAUGUUGUGGAGAUAACCCGGGCUAACGCUCUAUUGAAGAAAAUGAAGGAUGAAGCGCAAGAGCUUCUCAGAUUCAGGGCGGCUAAACCCCCAGGAGUCAUCAUUGAAGAGAUUGAAGAAACCGAACCUAGUGUGCCAAAGCAAAAGCCUAGACCGAUGAGGAGGCAGCGGAAUAAGCCUUUAAUGAUUGGAUGGUAUGAUAGGGAUAUAGAGUUCGAGGAAUAUCUUACGAAGAGUUUAGACGAUAAUCGUGCUAAGAGGAAGAGGGACGCGGAGGUAGCUAGUCAAAAUUUGGCGAAUGCAUUUGAAGCGGUAUCAACCGAAUCAGUACCAACCGAAGCCCCGACCUCUGAGAUUGGAGAAGCAUUCGUAGCAGCACCCGACAUUGAAUGUACAACAGAGGUUGGAGGAGGAUGUUUUGAAGAAGUAGGAGAUGUUGGAGGUGGAGAAUCCCAUGCACACGUACCAGAGGAUGUCGCUAGACCUUCAUCUGUGGACCAUUCCAUUCCGAUUGGUCCAAGUGUGGAUGAACCUGCAACUGAGCCGGAAGGAUUAGUUCACCAACCAGAUUCGGAAAGGGCAGGAGCAUCAACAGAUGAAGACGUUUACCGACCGGUAAUGGACGGUGGUUGUCAGUCACAGCCGGACAUUCGGGUUGACAAUGAUAUCUUUCCGAUCAUUGAGGAUAUUACCCAUGAAUUGUUCAUGUCCGAAGCUGACACCCAAGUGCAUGAGUCAGCUCCAGCUGCAGCCGCAUGUGAAGAACCCGUACCAGUGGUAGAAGAUGUACCCCAUCAGGUGGCGGAAGAUGUUUAUUGUCCGUCGUUCGAUUAUGUUCCCGAUGGAUGUCAUCUUCAUAACGAGGGAAGUAUUGAAGAAGAUGGCAGUGAUGAUGAGGUCGACCAUUUUAUCUCGUUGGCCAACAUGUGUCGUGAUGAACAAAUGUUUACCUCAUAUUACGAGUCGUUGUGUCGGCAACAACACUCGAAAUAGGA